CCCUCGCCUCUCAACUCAUCCGAGUGAAUUGGCUCUCUGAAGAGCCGAGUCGAGAGGGUGGGGUGAAGGCAUGAGAAUGGCUUGAAGAUCGCAGUGCGAAGAGAAGCGAAGCCGGAGAGUUGCCACGCGCAGCGAACGCGCUGCGCUGCCAGUGACCACGCCGCGUGCGUCCCGCAUUCGCUGCGCAGCGCCCACUGUCGAUCGCGUUUCUCGGGCCCAUACGCCGCGCUGCGAGAUUCGCGGACGCUCCUGAUACUUGCGAUAGCGGACUAGUAGCGGUCCAGCUCUAGUGCGAGCUUGUAACUUCGUCUCCACUUCGCCAUUCGACGUUCCUCUCUUCGCCAAUCGCGAAUCUCGCGCGAUCCGUGGCUCCGCUCGUUGGUCGUCGCUGCUGUCGCGUGAAUCCCGCUGAUCCAUCCAUCCAUUCUCGCCGCCUCACUUGCUCGAGUCGCUCGAAUCUGCAUCGGACGGCGGUCGUGAUCACAAUUACCUAGAUCUUGCCCUACAGUCGGAACACACGUGUCCUCACUCGCUCACUCUGUGCGGAAUUUCAGGCUCCGACAAGUCUUCACCACCCCUCCUCUCUCCCCCCCCCCCCUUUCCUCUUUCUUCUCACUCACUCAUUCAGUCACUCUCUCUCUCUCUCUCACACACACACACACCUACACACACACUCACUCGUGCACGUGCACUCACUGCCUCCUUUUUUCCUCUCGCACUCUUCACACCACGCCUCACCGCUCCCCACCUCUCUAUGCGACGCUCCGCUGCCUCAUGGCCGUGGAUCCCCCCGCCACGUGUCCGCAUCUCCUUGCGUUCAAGCGCCGCGCGCCGCCCUUCUCCAGCCCCUACCAACUUGUGCAGCGGUGCGUGCGUCCAGGCCCCAAUCGCCGCCCCGUAUUCUCCGUGACUCGCGGAACAGUCACGUGCUGCUCUAUCUGCCGCCGCACCGACGUGCGUCUUUACGUCUGCCUCACCUGCGGCGCCGUCCUCUGCCGGCCGGGCGCCGCCGCCGCCGCCGCGCCGCGCGGAGGCAGCGCCGCCGGCCGAGAGGGCGAUGCCGCCGCCGGCGCCUCCGUCCCGACUCGGUCGCGAUCCGCGUCUGGCGCUGCGGGAGCGCCGCCAAUCAGCCUCGCUUCGAGGGGCGCUCCGGAUGGCGGGUUAGGCGGAGGCUCCGUGGGGGGAUUAGGGGGCGCGCAGUGCGCUGCGGCCGCCGCCAGCGUGCAGGAGAUUAAGGACGAUGAGGAGAGCGGGGUCGCGGACGGGUGCAACGAGACGGGAAGAUCUAGCGAAAGCAGCGGCGGCAGCAGCGGGGGGGACGACUAUUCAGGCGGACACGUGCUGAAGCACGCGCGGGAGGCUCCCCCUGUGGUCGAUGGGCGGAGAGCGCGCGGAAGCAGCGGAGGGUGGGGCGGGGUGGGCGCGCGCGCGUCCUCGUCCCCCGGCAGGCCCGGGGGAAGCGGAAACAUCGGCGGGAGUUUGAGGCGGGGGGGGUCCGCCGCAAGGGGGGGAGGCGGAGGGGGAGGCGCGGGAGGGGGAGGGGGAGGGGGUGGGGAGUGGGGGGGGACGAGUCACUGCGUGUUUGUGGAGCUAGAGCGAGUGGAGUUGUUCUGUGCUGCGUGCGGGGAGUAUGUGGUGGACGGAGAUUUUAGGGCCUGUGUGAGAAAUGCGGUGGGGGGGCUGGGAGGAACGGGAGGAGGGGCGGCAGCAGUUGCUGGCUCUUCUGCAGCCCUUCCUGCUGCGAGCACUACUCCUGUUGCUGCUGCAGAAAAGGCAGCAGAAACCGUAGGAGCAGCAAGAGCAGAAGCAGGAGGAGGAGGAGGAAGAAAAGGAAGAGGAGGAGGGGUUGCUCGUAUGCGGGCGGCGUGGGAACCAGGUGGAAAGGAGGGGGCGCUGAAGGAAGGGGCGAUGAUGAUGAUGCCGACAAUGGGCUCUGGGAGAAGAACUAGCCGGUCUGUGCUUUCACCUGACCCUCAGGGCUCACCCGAAGACCUGUAUGCGGAUUCACCUGAGGGGUCACCUGAGGUUGAAGCGGAGUUGGCGGAGAGAGAGGGGCAGCUGCGUGCGAUGCCGCGUGACUCGGUCGCGAGUGCGUGUGAGAGAGGCAGUAGCUUAGUAGGGAGUGAAAGCGCUGGCGGUAACGUUGACGCCCCUGCUCCUGCUCCUGCUGCUGCUGCUGCUGCUGGUGCAUCGUCCUCCUUAGCUGUGUCUCUCAGCAGCGGAGAUUCAGCAGACGCGGCGGGCGCAUUUGGUGCAACUAAUGCAAUGGGUGGUACUGCAAGGUCAGACCCAUUGCGAGCAACGGAUGGUCUAGGGCCCAUGGAGGAAAGAUUGAGGGGCGAUGCUGGGCGGGGGGGUGCUACUGCUGUUGCUGUUGCUAGGGAUGCGGUGAGAAAAGGAGAAUUGGGAAGGGGAGGAGGCCUUGAGUGUCUAUGGGACGGGGGGUUGGGGAGAGGGGAAAUGGGUAGCGGAGGAGGGGGAGAGGGAAGGGGAGGAGAAAGCGGAGAGGAGGAUGGAAAGGAGGUUACCCUGGGGGGAGGAAAGAGCAAGGGUGUGAGAGAGAGGGGCGGUCAUGGGGCGAAAAAGGGGCGGGGUAAUGUAUGGAUAGGCUCGAGUGCUCGUGCGCCUGGGGAAGGGAAGGUUCUGGGAGGUGCUUCUGGUGAGGGUGGUGACCAGGAGCAGAGGGUGGGAAGAGGCAAGAGGGAGCGGAAAGAGAGGGUGGAGAAGGGGCAGAAGGAGCAGCAGGGGCAGCAGGGGCAGCAGGGGCAGCAGGGGCAGCAGGGGCAGCAGGGGCAGCAGGGGCAGCAGGGGCAGCAGGGGCAGCAGGGGCAGCAGGGGCAGCAGGGGCAGCAGGGGCAGCAGGGGGAGAAGAUUGUCCGGCCCCCUUCGCCUAGGAUCACUCGAGCUGCUGCCAGGCAGAUGCAGCAGCAGGAGGAAGAGAAGCAGCAGCAGCAGCAGCAGCAGCAGCAGCAGCAUGCCGUGCAAGAGCAGAGUGGGGAGAUGGGAGAGGCAAAGGAAGUGGAGGGGCACGAGGACGAGAGAGGGGAGGAGGGAAGGGAGUCGAAGGGCGUGGGAGAUAGAAAGCACGGUGGAGCUGCGGCCGGGAAGGGGAGAGGGAGGAGGAAGGAGAGAGUGAGGGAGAGGGGAGGGGGGAAUGCAGCAGAGGGAGAAGCGGUGAAGGGGGAAAGGGAGGGCGCGUUUACAGCUAGCGGGUUGGCAGGUGCUUUUCAUUCUGGUCUGAUCGCUGUAGCACCUGUCAAGAGGCCACGUUACAUGGUAACCAGAGAGGGGCAGGUGGGGCUAGAGGGCAGGAGAGAGAGAGGCGGGGUGGGGGAGGAAUCUGAGUCUGCGUCAGCAUUAGCACUAGAAGAGGAGGGUUUUGUGAGCUUUAGUGUGCCCAGCAGCAUUAGAGCCCAGGUAGGGGGGGCAACAGCAGCAGCAGCAGCAGCAGCACAGGCAGGAGCAGCAAGGACAGGGGCAGGGGGGACAAGGGCACUGGGAGCAUCGGGAGUGCGAGGAGGGGAAGCUGCAGGAGAGGGGAUACGAGUGGGAGUGCGGCAAGAGGGGACUGGGAGAGUAGGGAGGCGAGGAGGAGGAGGGGGAGUGAGUGUGGAGGAGGAGGGGGGUGUGGUUGGUAGGAGUGCAGGCAUGCGUGGGAGGAGGAGCAGGGCAGUGGUGGUAGUAUCGACAGAUGCAGCUGCUGAAACGGCAGCUGCAGAUGCAGCAGCAGCAGCAGCAGCAGCAGCAGCAGGAGGAGGAUCAGCAACAGGAACGGGAGUAGGAGGAGCAAGUGGAUGGGGCGUUAGCAGAGGCGCAUUGGCGCGGCUAAGAGGGGAUGCUGGUGGGUUGGGGGAGUCAGGUGGUGUGGCUAGGGGGCGGGAUGCAGAGGCCGAGGAGGAAGAGGAGGAAGAAGAGGAGGAUGAGGAGGAGGAGGAGGAGGAGGAGGAGGAAGAGAGGUUUGACGGGAGGGGAGUGAGGCUCCGAGGAGCAGCAGGGAGAGGGAGGAAAAGAAGGAGGGAGAAGGGGAGGAAGAGGGAGAAGAAGAAGGAGAGUGAGGAGGAAAGCACGGUGCGUAAUAGCCAGCGUUCCGUGAACGUUAGUGGGUCGCACAGUAAGGGGUACAGCAGUGGCAGGAGGAGGAGAGCCGUGAUAGAAUCUACAGUCGGACGUUUGAACGGCCAGGAUCUUCUUGAGGAAUUUCCAGCUGCCCCGGAUUCUCUUUCUCUGGAGAAUCUGACGAAUCUGACAUCAGGGCAGCGAGAGAGGUUGGGAAACGCGAGAGGAGGGGCAAAAGCGCCUGGCCUGGCACUUGCUGACGCGGAAGGAAACGAGGAGCCGUGGAAGGGAGUUAGGGCGGUGAAAGGGGCGUGGGGAGGGUUUGGAGAGGAAGGAAGGCGAGAGGUGGGAGAGGAGAUCAAGGGAGUAGGUGUGAGAGGAUCGGACAGGACUGUGGAAGCGUUUUGUGUGGUACGGCAAGCUGGUGGGUCACUAGAAGUGGCCGUAGGAGGGAGCGAGAGAGGGGAGGGGAGAGGGGAGGAGGGAGGAGAAGAGAGAGGAGAGGAAAGAGGGGAGGAGAGAGGAGAGGAGAGACGGGAUGGGGGAAGAGGAGAGGUGAAGGGGAAGGAGAGGGCGAGGGGUAAGGAAAAGGCAGAGAAGCCAGAGAAGCCAGAAAAGCCAGAGAAGCCAGAGAAAGCAGUGAGAGCACCAUCAAGGCGGCACGGGGGAGGGGUCUCGGCCAGGGAGAAGCAAGCCCUGCGCGAAACAGAGCAGGGAGUGAGAGGGCCGGACGGGUUCCCCCAUGGGUUGAGGGGGCUGAAUAACCUGGGCAACACGUGCUUCAUGAACGCGAUUCUCCAGGCGCUCGUGCACACUCCCCCCCUGCGGGCACACUUCCUCUCGCGCUCCCACUCCCAAUCCCAGGGGCAUGUGGCUGCUCCCCCCUCGUCCCCUUGCAACCACAACCACAGCCACAGCCACAGCCCCACGCACAACCACAGCAACAGCCAGACUCCCAUCCAGAACCAUACCCUCAACCAGAACCACAGCCACACCCACAACCACGCCUCCCAGGCCCCACCCGACGGCCCGACCAACCCAAUCGCCACUGCAUGCACGCCACUUGAGUCCCAAGGUGAUCUGAACGUUGCUGUGUGCAAGCACGCGUCUCAGGGCAGGUCGGACGCGGCCGCUGGCACAGGCUCGCACCCGUGCCCCUCGCACUUGCCUCCAGCAGGAGAGAGGGGCGGAGGAGGAGGGACAGGCUCAGAACCAGGAGGUGGAGGUGAAGCAGCAGCAGGGGGAGCAGCAGCAGCAGCAGGGGGGGCAGCAGCAGUCGCAGGUGGGGUAGCUGCAGCAGCAGCAGCAGCGGGCCCAGUGCGGGUGGUGCCGUAUGUGAGUCCGUGCUUGGAGUGCGAGCUGGAGGGGGUGUAUGCCGCCAUGUUCAGUGGCGAGAGGAAGCCGUACAGCCCCGGCCAGUUCCUCUACAGUUGGUGGCGCGUGACUGACAGCUUCGCUAGCUACCAGCAGCAGGAUGCGCACGAGUUCUUCAUCGCCACACUCAACGCCCUCCAUGCCGCCUCCGGCCUCGCCUCGCCCCGCCGCAAACCCGCCACUGCUCCUGCUGCUGCUGCUGCUGCUGCUGCUGCUGCCGCUGGUGGUUCUGGUGGCAGUGGUGCUGCCGCUGUUGCUGCUGCUGCUGCUGCCUGCGUCCCAUCAGUCACCGAGUGUCCCUGCAUAGUGCACGAGGUUUUUUCCGGGCUCCUGCGAUCAGAUGUCACCUGCACGGCCUGCGGGUGUACCUCCACCACAUACGACCCGUGCGUCGACAUCUCCCUGGAUCUCAGCCCCCACCUGCUGGCUGCUGAAUUGCAUCAAGAGCAGCAGGAGCGGCAGCAGCAGCAGCAGCAGCGCCGGGAGCUGAUGCUACUGCGGCGGCGGCAGCGGCAGGAACAGGGGCAGGGGAUGGGGGUGGGGGAGGGGGGGAAGGGGGGGCAGAAGAGGCAGAAGCGGCAGCAUAAGCAGAGGUACCCACGGGGACGAAAGAGGGGGAGGAGUAGGAGUGUGAUGGUUGAUGAGCCUGCUGCUGCUGGUGCUGCUGCUGGUGGUGCUGCUGCUAGUGCUGCUGAUGCUGCUGCUGGUGUUGAUGGUGAUGGUGAGGGAGUGAUAGAGGUACCCCCAUCCCCAUCACCUCCAUCAUCACUUCCACCUCAAUCGCCAUCCGGAGCACUGUUAUCACCAUCCCCACCCAUUGCGCUGUCAUCGGCAACGCCAACGCCAACACCCACGCCCACGCCCACUCCCACUCCGACAUCAACGCCAACGCCAACACCGUCACCAACCGAAGCAGGCACCCCUGUUGAUUUCUUUGAUAUCGAUGAUGCUGCCGCUGCUGCUACUGCUGAUACUGUUGCUGCCGCUGCUGCCGCUGCUGCUGCUGCUGCCGCUGUUGUAAUUGACAUGCAGACCAUUGAGCAUGGGAGGGAGAGUGAUAUGGGUGAGAUAGGUGCAGGUGAGCAGGAGCUGGAAUGGGGGGAGGAGGGGGCGGAGAUGGAGAACAGUGCUCUUGGAAUGUGUCCGGGAAUGGGUGCACGGGAGGAGGUGGGAGAGGAGGCUGAAGAGGAGGCAGGAGAGGAGGCAGGAGAGGAGGUGGGUUUACAAGCAAUGGCGCACAGGAAAGUCGAUGUGAGUACUGCUGGUGUUGCUGGGGAGGGGGUGAGAGAGGAGAGGGAAGGCGGUAGAGGAGGUGCGGACGGCAGCGGCAGCGGGGUUGGGAGUGGGAAUGGUGGCAGCAGAAACAGCAGAAGCAGCAGCAGCAGGAGCAGCAGCAACAACAACAGCGGCGGUGAAGGUUUGCAAGGGAAGCCGACAAGGGCAGGGGACAUAAGAGCAGAAGACGAAGGUGAGGCAACCAUGGGGGAGGGGGGGAAGGAGAGGAGGGAAGCAACAGGAAUGGCAGAUGGUGCUUCAGGUUCAGGCCUAGCUGAUGGUGCUGCGGACCCGGCACAAAGCGGUAUGGGAUUAGCUGCCGCGAGUGUGCAUGAGGGGAGUGGUGCGCACUUCUGUGCCGACGUGCACGAGCCUGCUUCAGCAGCAGCAGUACCAGCAGCAACAGCAGAGGGUACAGCAGCAGAGGGUAGAGGAACGGAUGUGAUAACAGCAGUAGGCGUGGGUGCAGGUACAGAACCAGGAGCAGUGGUGGCAGGAGCGGAUGUGGCAGUUGCAGUUGCAUCAGCUAGUGGUGCAGCAAGGGGAUCAGCCACAGCAGCCCUACCACCGUUAGCACCUCCACCAACAGCAGCAGCAGCACCACCACCCCCACCAGCAGCACAAGCAGGAGGGGCAACAGGAGGCGAGGGUGCAGUGGCGACAUUGAUUGCGUGUUUGGAUCGGUUCACACACCCAGAGACGCUUGGAGUGAACGAGAAGUUCUUCUGCGAGGCUUGCCAGAUCCGCCAGGAGUCCGUGAAGCAGAUGUCCCUGGCGCGCCUGCCCCUGGUCCUGUGCCUGCACAUCAAGCGCUUUGAGCACUCGCUGUCGCGCAACGCCUCGCGCAAGAUCACACGCUUCCUGCACUUCCCGCUCGCCCUCGACAUGUCGCCCUACCUCGCCUCCAGCAUCGCCCGCAACCGUAGCCGUAACCGCACCGCCUCCGGCCUCGCAACCCGGCAGCCCACACCCUCGCCGCCCCUCGCCUUCCCUCCCCUCACCUCCCCUCCUCUCGCCUCCUCUCCUCUCGCAUCCCCUCCUGUCUCUUCUCCUCUGUUCCUCUCGCCUGCAGUGACCUCUCCUCUUCUCGCCUCCCCACCUCUCGCCUCCCCUCCUCUCGCUUCCCCUCCUGUCGCCUCUCCUCCACCACCACCACCGCCACCUGCACCCCCUCCUGAUGCAGCUAGCGAGCAGGCCAGCCUCUGUGGACGCGCAGAGGGAGUGGAUACUCCAGGUGGCUCCCUCACAGGGGCUGCUGGUCUUGGUAGUGCUGCUGGCACGGCUAAGAAUGGCAGUACCAGCAGCACAAGCGGCUCCAAAGAGGGGCUUGGUGAGUCAAGCAAGGGUGAGGAUGCUGGUGCUGACUCAAAGAAUGCAUCCCCGUCACAUGGCCUGCCUGCCGCCGCCGCUGCUGCUGCUGCUUCUCCCGGUGCUGCAGCAACCGUUGCUGCUGCAGUAGCCAGUGCGCGUGGGGAAGUGAGUACGUCUGGUGAGAGGGAGGGGGGCGACCAUCAAGCCAACAAUGACGCACAGUACGACGCAUUUGCUGUGAUUGCGCACUCGGGAAGGAAACUGGACAGUGGGCACUAUGUGGCGUAUUUGAGGCUUGGAGGGGGGUGGUUCCGGUGCGACGAUUCAUGGGUCACUGCGGCUGAUGAGAAGGAUAUACUGCAUUCCGAGGCGUACAUGCUGUUUUACUUGAAGCGCCGGAUUUCCUGACUGGAGAGAGUGCUCGGAAAAAGUUUGAGGUUUGGUUGGGUUGAGAAAGAUGAGACGGGUUGUUUUUGCUGCGGUUUUGUUGGAUUGAUUAGGCGCUGAAUGAGGUUUGGCGGUUUGAAAUGCAUCAUAUGUAAUUGCGCGAAACAUCGAUGAAGUCUACA